AUUCAAAUGGAGCAUGAUAGCCACUGUAUACGAAAUCAAGGAAAUGGAAUUACCCAGCAAAUUCUCCAACUGCUGCAAAAUAGUUGUAGCUUUAUCCUUCACAAGAUACACCUAGGCAUCCCAAGUAACCCAUCCCAGGAAAUCAAGCAGCUAUGUGCAUUAGCAGGACCUCUGAUCAUCUCACAGAUGCUAUGUUUUCUCAUCAACAUCGUCAGCUCCGUGUUUUGUGGUCACCUGGGGAAAGUGGAGCUGGAUGCUGUCACGCUUGCCAAUGCAGUUAUUUCAGUCACUGGUCUUUCAGUGGGCCUUGGCUUAUCUUCAGCAUGUGACACUCUAAUUUCACAGAUAUUCGGAGGGACCAAUCUAAAGUUAAUUGGCAUUGUCAUGCAGCGUGGAAUCCUUGUACUACUGCUGGCUUGCUUUCCUUGUUGGGCACUGUUCAUAAACACUGAGAAUAUUCUAUUGCUCUUCAGACAAGACCCAGCUGUGGCUCGUCUUGCAGAAGAUUAUGUACUGGUUUUUAUCCCUGCACUUCCAGCUGCAUUCCUAUAUCAACUACAGGCACGGUACUUACAAAAUCAGGGAAUUGUGAAGAUACAGAUCAUUGUCAGUAUCAUAUCAAAUAUCAUAAAUGGCUUCGUGAACUAUAUCUUUCUCUUUGUUCUGGAGUUUGGAGUUAUGGGUUCAGCUUGGGCCAACACUAUUGCUCAGUUUUCACAGGCACUUUUAUUAUUCCUUUAUAUUCGGCUUAAGAAACUUCAUGUACAUACAUGGGGAGGUUGGUCAAUGGUGUGUUUGAAAGACUGGAACACCUUUGUAGCAUUAGCGGUGCCGAGCAUGCUUAUGGUGUGCAUAGAGUGGUGGACCUAUGAAAUUGGCAGCUUUCUUGUAGGCCUGAUAAACGUGGUGGAGCUCGGUGCCCAGUCUGUUAUAUAUCAGGUGGUGACCAUUGCAUAUAUGAUUCCAUAUGGUAUAGGUAUGGCUACCAGUGUCCGAGUCGGCAAUGCACUUGGUGCAGGUGAUAUUGAACAAGCAAAGAAGUCCAUAAUAGUUGCUUUCCUUAUAACAGCGUUUUUCAUGAUUUUGGAUGCAAUACUGCUUGCAGCCUUGAAGAAUGAGUUCUCGUACAUAUUUACUAGUGAUGGAGAGAUAGCCACUCUUGUUUCUGAAGUUAUACCUUUAUAUAUUGUGUUCCACAUGUUUGAAUGUGUUGCUUGUGUAUCUUGUGGUGUACUUAGAGGAAUAGGAAGACAGAAGAUUGGAGCACUCAUUCUUGCCAUCGGCUACUAUGUACUUGGAUUGCCAGUGGGUGCCGCUCUCAUGUUUGCAGCUAGGGAGGGCAUAAAAGGUCUUUGGAUUGGAAUGAUUCUCUGUGGAGUGUUCCUGUCUCUUUUCUUCACUGUCUAUCUUGUAAAAGUAAGCUGGGAGGAUGUCUCCCUUGAAGCUCAAGCAAGAGCAGGAAUGCCAUGUAAUGAGACAGUUCCUUCAGUGGCAAAGAACACAUUGGACAUGAUUGCAUUAUCAGAGGUCUCUACUCAACAGACUGAAACAAAGCAGUUGUCCUUACAAGAACCAUAUGCCUCCAGAGACCCCUUACCAAUGAAGGAUGUGGUUGUUCUGCGUGGACUCACUCUAGCUCUGGCCAUUGCUAUGCUUUUAACUGGAAUUCUAAUUAAAGUUUGGAUAUCUGUUAAAUGAAUAGUAU